CGUUAAUCAUUAUCGAACUGGGAAUCUGGCUUAAACUAGUUUGGAACAUUGAAUAUAAUAAUAGAAGUGGUUCCAAGUUGCAAUUUGAUACUUGACUCAGUCUUUGUCAUGGAAUACAACAAGAAGUUUUCUGAAGCUCUGCUUCAUUUGGUUCAAAGGAUAAAUAAUUUUGAUUUUUACGGAGCAUUUAAAAGGCUUGGGUGCAUACCAUUCUACAUUGACGGAAAGAGAGUGGGCAUCAUAUCUCCAGAGGUUUUCAAGGAACUAGAAACAUACCCUGAUGUAUUUAAAGUGGUUGAGACAUCCCCCAACAAUCAUAACCAUGUCAAAUAUAUGAAUAUGGUGCACAAGGCAGUAUAUCUCGAUGAGAGGUUCACCACCCCGGAAGACAAAACCGAGGCUUUCAACAAAGUGCUCCUUGACAUGAGGGAAAAAGACAAGUUUUUCAGUUUAAGAGGAUGGAGGAAUGAGACAUAUGGUGUGUACUUCAGAAAGAAGGACCCACCACUCUGCCAUGUAGAGAGAUCUGGAUGUGCCCUUUUUGGUUUUAUCCAGUAUGGCGUACACAUCAAUGGGUACACAUACCGGGAUGGGAAGAUGAUGAUGUGGGUCGGGCGAAGAUCGCCAACCAAGCCCACCUAUCCCAACAUGCUGGAUAACAUGUGUGCAGGGGGCCUUGCAUCUGGCCUGGGCAUUCUGGAGUGCGCCCGUAAGGAGUGUGAGGAGGAAGCCUGUGUGGACGACGAGACGUUGCAGCGGCUCACACCUGCAGGCACCAUCAGCUACUGCUACAAAGAUAAGCGAGGAAUUCUUCCAGAGACCGAGUUUGUGUAUGACCUUGAGGUGUCCCCUGACUUUGUGCCAAAGAGUGGAGAUGGUGAAAUGUCCAUGUUUUAUCAGCUGACUAUGGAAGAGGUGCAACAAAAAAUAAUAGCUGAGGAAUUCAAGCCAAACUGUGCUCUGGUCAUCGUAGACUUCAUGGUUCGUCACGGAUUACUUACCCCUGAUGAAGAGCCGUAUUACAGUUAUAUUAUUGAGAGGAUGCAUGUCAAUAUACAGCCGCCACUCUGAGUUCUGCAAUGGGAGAGAACUCUUCACAGAGUUGUUGGUUGCUCACCGGGACACUGCAAAGCAGAACUACUUCCCUUGGGUAAUUGAGAUUGUCUUCAAGACAUUGUUUAUUUGAAGCACAGUUUGUUAAAGCAUUCUUUUCAUUGUUGUAGCGCACAGGUUUCAUUAUUGAUACAGAUGUUAAGCACUAAAAAUAGUUAUAAUCAAGGGAGCAAGUUAAAAUAGUCCAAUAUAAAAGCAACCGCAAGUUAAAAUGGGUCCUAAAUGGUAAAAAUCUGCAACAGUACAAAACUAAGGUGUUUAAAAACGGCCCCCAAAUUUAAAUGUCAUUUUAGUAAUGUUAUUUAUUUAACUUAUGUUUUUAGAAUAGCCAUUAACAUUUAUCACACCACAUGAAUAAAACACUAAUGUUCAUAUAAUAUUUAUGCCCCCCCCUUCGAAGAUGGUUUCCGGAUGAUAACUCAAGAACGCUUAGGCCUAGGAUCCUAAAACUUCAUAGGUACAUUGAUCAUGACUUGCAGAUGACCCCUAUUGAUUUCCAGGUCACUAGGUCAAAGGUCAAGGUCAAAGUGGCUCGAAAUAGUAAAAUGGUUUCCGGAUGAUUACUCAAGAAUGCUUACGCCCAGGAUCAUGAAACUUCAUAGGUACAUUGAUCAUGACUGGCAAAUGACCCCUUUUGAUUUUCAGGUCACUAGGUCAAAGGUCAAGGUCACAGUGACUCGAAACAGUAAAAUGGUUUCCGGAUGAUAAAUCAAGAAUGCUUAUGCCUAGGAUCAUGAAACUUCAUAGAACAUUGAUCAUGACUGGCAGAUGACCCCUAUUGAUUUUCAGGUCACUAGGUCAAAGGUCAAGGUCACAGUGACAAAAAACGUAUUCACACAAUGGCUGCCACUACAACUGACAGCCCAUAUGGGGGGCAUGCAUGUUUUACAAACAGCCCUUGUUGAAAUAUUAUCUUUAUCAAGCCAAGUACAUACAUUACAUUAAGUAAUCAAUACACAUUAAGUUAUCAAUAUUUCAGUAACAACAACAAACUUGAUUCUUUUGUAUGAGUCCACAUUGUAAUUGGAUCUGCUAAAACUAAUUUUAAUUUUAGGUUUUUUAAACAUUAUAUGUUUAUGUUUUUCAAUUCUUACAAACAAUAAACCUAUUUAAUAUUUUAAUUUAAUAUGUCAUAACAUAUGAUUAUUAAACAUGAUAAAACGUGUUAACAAAAGUGACACCCAAACAGAGUGGGAACAAUCAACAAGCCUGUUGUUGAUUGUUUUUGUUGUUGAACUUAACAUUAAAUGCUUAUUACCCGGUAGUUCUUAAAUGUGAGGCCAUUUUAACCCUUUAUAUGACUGUUUUAACUUUUUAUAUAGUUGUUUUAGCUGUAACUGUAGGGCCAUUAGAAUCAUGUUUAAAAAAUGUGGGACUGUUGUAACCACUUUAGGGAACAUUUUAACUUGGGGCUGUUUUUACUUGGGGCUUUUUAAUUGUAAACAAUAAACUUGAUCUGGUAAGAUUAAGUUUCAUCUUUUACUAGAAGUUGUUAUUGUGAUGUUGUGCAGCUUUUUAUCUUCAAAGAUAGACAUUACUGUUUAUAUAUCUGAGUUGAUAGAACCAGCGAGCUAGCAAUAUUGGAUGUUGUUUUUCAAAUAAAUUUUCAAUAAUGGUUUGCGUCUCCUUACUAAAAUACAUAUUUUGAUUUGUUAAAAAAACGUAGAAACUAAGCGACAUGACAUUUUUUCCUAUUUGUAUUUUGUUUGUUGGAAACAACUUUUUGUUAUUGUGUAAACAAUGCCAAAAUUAUUAAAAAUAAAUAAAUAAUCCUAUAGUCAGUGAAUGAUUUGUGGAUUUAUAAAAGGGUUUCACUGAAUAGUUUUGGAGGUACUUUUAUAAAAAUACUUACCUUAUUUAGUUUUGUUACAAAACAUGGGCCAACAGAUAGAGCACAUUUAUGGUUAUAUUAAACAAUCAUACAAUCUUGUUAGUGAUAAUUGUUUGGAUUUGUAAAUAUUUAGGAAUAAGUUAUUUUGCCGACUUGCCAUAUCUUUUAGCCUGUAAAGAUUACCUGUCUUUUGAGAUUUUGUUCACUCUUUUUGUUUUUUAAAGAACAGUUAUAAUAUGUUAAACUCAGGUCAAAGUAAAGGCCCAUUUUGGCCCUCUGUUUUUAAAUACAAAUGCGUUUUUAAUGAUAUUUCCAUUUUGUACUGAAAUCUGGUCAGUUAUAUAUUUUUGGUUGUAUUGUUUAAUUCAGUUUCAUAAUUAUGUAAGUACAAUUCUAGUCUAGUUUUUUGUACAAUUUUGAAUAAACCCGGUGGAGCAUUAUGUUAACAGUAUCAUAUAUACAGCCUUUUUUAUUUACAACUUUGUGCCCCCUUCACCCUUUCAAGGCAGAGGGUGUAUACUGCCUUGCAAAUAUUGGUCAGUAGUCAUUUGUCUAGCAGUAUUUCAGUAGACCAAACCAUGAGUUAGAAAUAUCCUUACAGAAGUAUUUUUGACCUCAAUUAAUGAAAUUUUACUUGUUUGUGACUGGGUAAAGUUUUUCUAUUUAUUUUGUACUGUGUUGAGAUAUGGUUAAGGUUAAAAUGAACAAAUAUUAUAAUAGAAUGCCAUGUAAAUGUAAAAGCUUGUCCUGACAAUAACUCUGCAACUUUUUGGGCUUCAUUUUUGGACAUGACUAGUAAGCUGAUGUCAAACUGACUUAUAUUUGUAGUAAAAAUUGUAAUGAGUAAUGGGUAAGCCAGGCCUGCUCAAGGUCAAAAGUUUGAACCUCUAUUUUUACGUCUGGUCCAUAUAUCCUAUAUCCUUCGAAGGAUUUUCAUAAAAUUUCUGUGGUCAGUCUGUUUAUUUGUCAUACUGCACCUGUGUUCUUUUUGUUGCCAACUAGUUUCUCAUAGUAUUGAUUAUAUACAUAAAACUUUAUAGAUAUGUUGUUUAUAUAAAUUUUUAGUGCAAAACGAAAAAUUGUGUGUAUGUCAUAAUAUUCAUUGCAAAGUUAUGUGACCUUGAAACGUUUUGUCUUUCAUAGUGAUCAAAGUUAAGUAAAAAAACAACAUCAUUUAUAUAUUUUGGAAUAAGACAUUGUGGGGGGCAGGGUAUUUGUUGUCUUCAAAGACUGCUUUAGUUUGACAAAAUAAAGAUUUGAUCACUUUGUCUUGUGUCCACUAUAGAAUGUGAAGUGGAUUUGUCCCACGCGAAUUGUGGGGGCAUCUGUAUUUGUGACAUAUUUCCAGUGUUGUUGUUGGUUUUUUUGUAAAUAUGUCUGAGUUGUAUUCAACUGAUUUUCUCAGAACUUGGUAACUGCCAAGAAGAUAAUUUAUAUGAGUUAUUGAUGAAGGUCGAGUCAAUUAUCGAAGGUUGAGAAUCACUGAUUUCCUUUUUUACUUUUAUUUACUGAUUACUUAAUGCCUUCUCAAUGGGUAUGACUUUGCUAUGACUGAGGUACUCAGCAUUCAAAGAGAAUUUAAUGUUCAAUUGAUAAAAGCACAGUGUUUCCAUGGUAAUGAUACAGAUGGAGAUUGAGCAUAGCUGGAUAUUGCAGACAUACAAUUCUUAGACAAAGAAAACUAAGAAUAAAUAAUAUCUUUAAAUUUUACUUUUUACAGGGACUUUAAUAUUGUGUCUUUUUUGGCAGUAACAUCUGUUUAGUUCAUUCUUACUUAACAAAAAAAGUUUAAAUAACAUGACAAUCAUUAGUGGGCUGUAGAUGUAUUCUCAAGACAUUCUUGUAUGAUAUCCUUAUUGGGUCAUGUUCUUAUUGGAAAACUGUUUUCCCUAAAUCCAGUCCAAACGUGCCAAAUUGAUGGAUUUCCUCUCAGAUAAGAGGAAAUUGGAAAUAGUGUAGACAGUCAAACUUUUAAUUUGUAAUUAUUAUUUUAAUGAUCUGUUGUUUGUUCAGACAAUCCUUAGAUUAUUUUCCAAAAAUUAUAAGAAAAGAACUUUAUUUUCUGUGAUUUUUUUCUUGGGUCCAAAUUUGUUCUUGAAUCUGUUUAGCUCAUCUGAGCAUUAAGUGCUCAAAGUGAACCAUUGUGGUCUUUCUAUGCGCGCCCUAUGUCUACGUCAGUUGUGCAGUGUGCUUCAUCAUCAUUAAUCUUGUUACCAUUCAAUAGGUCAUAUUUUUCCUCAAAUCUUGAUGAUAAUUUGUCAGGAUGUUUAUUUUGACUAAAGCAAGGUCAUGUACAGCCAAAAAAAGUCCCCAGGUCAAAUUUUAGAAGAUCCUUGUAACCACUGUAGAGGUCACAAUUUUUAACCCUUAAAGCGCUGGAGCUGAAUUUUAAAGGCCUUUGCAAACAGAACGUGGCGUCUCAUCAGGAUCCAAACUUUUUGCUAUUCUGAUAGUAUUCUUUGAAAAAAAAUCGAAGAAAAUGCUAAUUUUAGAAAUUCAGCAGAAGACAUUUUAGCAAACGACAUAUUUCCCAGCAUGCAAAGGGUUAAUCAAUCUUGAUGAAGCAUUUUCAGAAUAUUUAUCUUGGCUUUUCUGACGUUAUAUUUCAAUCUGGGUCAAGUGCAUCCAAAUUAAAAAAUAUAUAGUCUCUUUUGGCUGAAACAUGGUCACAAUUUUUAUCUUGACAAUAUCCAGAACAUGAUUUAAUCUGGCUCUAAACCUUUUGAAAACUAGGCCACUACAUUAAAUUCUAGACAAGCUUUUUUAUCACUCUAGAGGGCAUAUUUAUGACUCAAUGUUGUUGAAACUCAGUAUAUUUUAAGAAUAUCUAGGCCAAGUUUGACUCUGGGUUAUGUUGAGUCAAAAACAAGAUCACCAAGUCUUCAACAAUUGGUGUCCAUGAACUCAGGUGAGUGCUUAGGGCCAUCAUGGACCUCUCUUCCCCAUUCAAUUAUUACAAAUGGGUUUAAGAAUAUGGUUCCUGGUCAUGCCUCGAGCCCUACUAUCAUAUACAUAUUCUCACAUAAGAUAUUCCAAAAUGAUUAUUAGUUGGGACCAUGCUUGCAACUAUAAGGGAACAAUGUCUGCAUUUGUCAGAGGACAUUAAUAUGUAUCCGCAAGUAUAUUUAUGAAUCCUGUUUAUUUUUUGGUGUCUGUGGAUUUAUAUGUUAGAAAUGAUCGUUUUUCUUUGCUUUCUUUUUGCUGUACUUUAAAGAAUAAACCUAUAAUAUUUGUUAGUUAAAGGUUACAUGUUCAAGAGUUUUUGUUGCAUAGAUCUGUUCUAGUAGGUGUUAAGGUAUGCUCUGGUUUAAAAGAUAUUUGAUUGCAUGAUUUUGUCAACCAAAGCUGUAAGCUUACUUACAUAAUCUACAUGACACUUGAAUUGUGACGGAUUGAAAGAAUACAAUAUUGCUUUAAUGGGCCAUCUUGUUGUGUGCCAAAUUUAAAGCAUAAAAUGUUGCCUUUCAUAUGCUAUAUUGUAGUUUGGCAAAUUGGUAGCAUAAAAUAUUAAUUUUCAUGUGCUAUGUUGUAGUGUGGCAAAUUGAAAUAAUAAAAUAUUGCUUAUUAUGUGCUACCUUUGAUGUGUGUAUGUUUUGUUGUAAAAAUGAAAUAAUAUAAUUAUUUUAAACAUUACUAGAAAAAAAGAGCAAUAAUUUCGAAAUAAAAUAUUCCAUGCAUUUAUAAGAUAUUAAAAAGUUGAAUGUUUUCUGAUUUUUUUAAACCAAAUAGUUAUUAUCACCUUGAUACCAUAUUUUAAUAUAACAAUGUUUACAAUAGAAAUGUUUUGUAUAUUUUUUUCUCACCUUUUUAGCUCACCUGAGCACAACGUGCUCAUGGUGAGCUUUUGUGAUCGCCUUUUGUCUGUCGUCCGUCGUCAACAUUUGCCUUGUGAACACUCCAGAGGCCACAUUUAUUGUCCGAUCUUCAUGAAACUUGGUCAGAACAUUUGUCCCAUUGAUACCUCGACUGAUUUCGAAACUGGGUCAUGCUGGGUCAAAAACUAGGUCACAAGGUUAAAAAAAAGGAAAAACCUUGUGAACACUGUAGAAGUCACAUUUGAUGCCCAAUCUUCAUGUAACUUUGUAAAAAUGUUUGUCUAAAUGAUAUUUUGGUUGAGUUUAAAAAUGGUUCCUGUCCGUUGAAAAACAUGGUCGCCAGGGGGGCAGGGCAGUAUUCCUUAUAUGGCUAUAGAGAAACCUUGUGAACACUCUAGAAGUCACAAUUUUUGCCCAAUCAUCAAACUUGGUGAAACUUGGCCAAAACAUUGGUUUCAUUGAUAUCUCGGCCGAGUUGGAAAAUGGUCCAGAUCGGUGCAAAAACAUGGCCGCCAGGGGGCGGGGCAGUUUUCUCUAUAUGUAUAUAGUGAAAACAUGUGAACGCUCUAGAAGUCACAUUUUUGGUCCAAUCUUCAUGAAAUUUGGUCAGAACAUGUGUUUUCUGGAUAUGACGGUUCAGUUUGAAAAUGGUUCGGAUCGGUAUAAAAGCAUGGCUGCCUGUGGGGGGGGGGGUCAUUUUCCUUAUAGUUAUAUAGUCAAAAAAGCUUAUGAACACUCUAGAAGUCACAUUUUUUGUCUAAUCAUCAUAAAAAAAUUCUAAAUAUCGAUUUAUAGAUGGCCGCCAGGGGUCGGGCAGUUUUCUCUAUAUGUAUAUGCUGGAAAUGUGAAAAGUCUAAUGUAAAAGAAUGAUAACCUGUACAUACCUUCUAAUAGUCAACUCCCUUGUUAAAACCUUGUUAACACUCUA